AUGGAGCAACGAAAGGAAGAGGUGACACGGAGACCGUUGUAUGUGUACGACCUCCCUCCGGAUAUUCUAUCAACAUUAGCACGCAAAGACGGCGCGAGUGAGGGACCACAAGAGGAUUCUACUCUGGAAACGGCCAAGACAGAGCCUGUAGAACCGAGAACAGAGGACGCUGUUGGGUCGAAAGCAUGUUCGUUGUGCGGGGUAUCAUUUCAUACUGUGGCAGACCAGAGAAGUCAUGUCAGAUCCGACUUGCAUGGCUACAACCUGAAGCAGAGGAUACGAGGCGGAAGACCAGUAACAGAAGCAGAGUUUGAGAAAAUGAUUGGAGAUCUCGACGAGAGUCUUUCAGGCUCUGACUCAUCAGAUUCCGAAGACGAGGAGGAUGACGAAGGAAGGAAAGAAACAACAUUAAGUGCGUUGCUGAAGAAGCAAGCAGCAAUAUCCUCGAGCAAAAAUGGGGACGCGGACGACUUUUCUCCUGCAAAGCGGAAACGUGGUUCUGGCAAAACUCCACUUUUAUGGUUCACAACACCUACUUUGCCAACCAACACAUAUCUAGGAAUAUACCGAGCUAUCUUUACAAAUGCUGAGCAAGAAAAGGAGCCUACGAUAUUGGACAUCAUCCAAAAGAAGCAAUUAUAUCCAAAACCACAGAAGAAAGUCCCGACCGAUUCGAACAAUGGAGUGCCAUUACCAGAAGCAUACAAAGGACCGCAUAUAUUCUUAUGUAUGAUCGGAGGAGGUCACUUUGCCGCCAUGGUUGUAUCGUUAGAACCGAGACAGACAAAGUCCUCAGCUACGGGGCCACUUUCCAGAGACGCAACUGUGCUUGCUCAUAAAACCUUCCAUCGAUAUACCACUCGUCGAAAGCAAGGUGGUUCGCAGUCAGCAAACGAUAAUGCUAAAGGAGCGGCCCAUUCUGCUGGAUCAAGUCUCAGAAGAUAUAAUGAGCAAGCACUUACUGAUGAAGUACGGUUAUUGCUGUCAGAUUGGAAAGGCAUGAUUGACACCUCGGAGCUAUUGUUUAUUCGAGCAACCGGAAGUACAAACAGAAGGACUCUUUUUGGUCCAUACGAUGGACAGGUUCUACGACAGAAUGACCCUCGAAUACGAGGGUUCCCAUUUAGUACUCGUCGAGCUACGCAAAAUGAGUUACUGCGGUCUUUUGUUGAGCUUACCCGAGUCAAGGUUCUUGAAGUAGACGAAGCUGCGAUUGCCGCUGCUAAGGUUGCUGCAGAAGCAGCUGCGCAGCAAGCUUCAGCCUUGAAAGCAAACAAGCAAUCUGCACCAACAAAGCCUAAACUUUCCGAAGAAGAGGAAGAAGCUUUGCUUCAUACUGGACAACUUCAGGCUCUAGUCCGACGGUCAAAAGUACCCGCCCUACUUUCGUACUUGAAGAACAACGAGUUAUUGCCAGAUUUCAGAUUCCAUCCUCUUGAUUCCAAGCAGAAUUUCCAUGCUCCUACUCCUCUACAUCUUGCUGCCAGCCAGAAUUCGGCACCUCUGGUAUCAGGUCUCCUCAAUAAAGCAGGCGCAGACCCGACAGUAUUAAAUGGCGAUGGUAAAACUGCGUUCGAUCUCUCUGGGGACCGUGCGACCAGAGACGCGUUUCGCGUUUCGCGCCAAGAACUAGGAGAAAAUAAGUGGGACUGGGAAGCUGCACAUGUUGCAUCUGCGAUUUCAAAAGCCGAGGCUGGGCAAAGAGACAAGAGAGAGAAAGCAGAAGAAGCCAAGAAGGAAGAAGAUAGGAGGAAGGCUGAAGCUACUCGGUUGAAAGAAGAGGGCCCGAAGAUUCCGGAUACAGGACCAUUGGGAAAGGCGGCUGGAAGAGGCAGAGCGAUAGCUUUGCAGAAGACAGCACAAGAGAAGACGGAAGAGGAGAUGAGGGGCAUGACGCCAGAGAUGAAGCUGAGAGUGGAGAGAGAGAAGAGAGCUAAAGCUGCUGAAGAGAGGAUGAAGAGGAUGGCAGGCAAAUAG